CCAUCCGCAUGGGGGCGAUUGUGUUUCGUCUUUCUGCAAAAAGAAAAGAGACCAAAAUAAAAUUUUUCCUGCAAACACGAAGCCAUUGAGAAGUAAAAAUGAGCUUCUUUUUGCAUAAAAGAGCCAUGGAGUAGGAAAUAAAAGUGCACGUUGGUGUUUAUUGGGCUGCACACGGUACUUGUGGACGGAAAUGCAGGACGUUAAGAUGAAAGGUGCAAUAGGUGGACAGGAGUCACGAAAGAUGCUGGCAGUGGGUGAAAAGAGUCUCGUGUUGCAUUCACCAGCCGGUGGGGACCCCCUCGUGUACACGUGGCCCCUGCAAACGGGCACGGGAUCGGAUAAACAUGAUUCGGGCAUUGACAUUAUCGAAACAAUUCGAUGGGUCUUUGAGGAUCUUUCACAGUCACAGCUGGCGCAUGAGAAGAUAAAGUUUACAGAGGUGAAGACAACGUGUUAUGAUUCAAUGACGAAACUCUGUGAGACGUACAAUGAGACAAUUGGCAUGAUAAUUGGGCGUGAAAGGGAAAUGGGAACAUUUGAGCAGCGUCUGGGGAAGAAUACAACCAAGGGGUUGUUGAAGCACAUCCUCCAGCAGGUGUACAAUGCCUCCGUGGAUGAUCCGGAUAAGCUCAAUCAGUACGAACCCUUCUCACCCGAGGUGUACGGGGAGACGUCAUAUGAUCUCGUGUGCCAGAUGAUUGAUCAAAUUGACAUUUCACCGGAUGAUGUGUUCAUUGACUUGGGCUCCGGUGUGGGGCAAGUUGUACUCCAAAUGGCCGCAGCGACACACACAAAAAUCUGCUUGGGCAUUGAACGUGCUGAAUUCCCAACACGCUAUGCCGAGAGUAUGGAUCACAACUUCAAAUUGUGGAUGAAGUGGUUUGGUAAGCGCUACGGGGAGUACAAACUCAUCAAGGGGGACUUCCUAGCCGAUGAGCAUCGGGAAAUGAUCAAUUCGGCCACAGUGGUGUUUGUCAAUAACUUCGCUUUCGGGCCAAAUGUCGAUCAUCAGCUUAAGGAGAGAUUUGCCGAUCUCAAAGAUGGGGCACGUAUUGUGUCAUCCAAGAGCUUCUGCCCCAUUAAUUUUCGCAUUACAGAUCGCAAUCUCUCCGACAUUGGCACAAUUAUGCACGUAACAGAGAUGUCGCCACUCCGUGGUAGUGUCUCCUGGACAGGAAAACCCGUCUCCUACUACCUGCACGUCAUUGAUCGUACAAAACUCGAGAAAUACUUCCAGCGAUUGAAGAAUCAAAAGGCCACCGAUGGGGACUAUGGUUUCCCUACGGGUACAGCUGGGACACGUACAAGUGCCCGGGAGAAGGGGAAACGGAAUUCAUCGAAAGUCGUGUACGAUUCAUCAUCGGAUACAGACACUGAGGUAACGGGACCGACAACCCGUCGUGCAUGGAGUGAUUGGUGCAGCAAUAAGGACAAGAGUAGCCAAUCGGAGGAGGAUAGUUACAAUUCCAGCUCACGCGGACCACUGAAGAAUACAAAGGUGCAGCAAACGAAGAAGAACAAGAAGAUUGUGCGGAAGAAGAAUGCCGGAAGUGGGGCAUUGGAUACGCAGGCAAAGAAGCGUGGACGUAUCCGGAAGGGGAAGCAGAGGAAGAGCUUGAAAAUUGUCGGAUUGGAUUUGUUGCACAGCAAAACACUGCUUAGUACAUCGGCUGAGAUGAUGGGGAAGAAAUUGCCACCAGCACCGGGAUGUGUUGAUCAGCAGUUGACGUCAUUGACGGGAAAUAUGGAGCACACUGAGUUGGAGAUCCCAACGGCACCGGGUGAGACACCGUAUGCCCUGCAAAUACUGCUGGAUAUGUUCCGGAAUCAGUACAUGCAGGCAUUGGAGCAGAUGCGUACACCGGCGUACAAGGAGAAUAUCACGGCGCAAAUUGAGAGAGAACGUGAGAGGAAUAAGAAGCUCCUGAAUCGGGCAAAUCAGCUGGAGAAGCAGAUUCGGGUGUUAAUUGAUGACAGUGUGGCACUGCUGAAGGCACGUAUGAAGGAAUUGGGCAUUAAUACAUCCAGCCAGAAUGAUUUGCUGUCGAAGGCCAAAGAGAUCGUUGGGCGUCACAAGGAGCUCCAGGCAACGGCAACGCGGCUGCAAAAUCAAGUGGGGAGCAUUGAGAUGGAACAGAAGAUGCUGGUGCUGGGACGACUGAGGAAAUUGGCGGAGAAUUACUACAAAACCGACCAGAUUAAGGAUAGUGAUCUCACGCGUGAGCUUAGCUAUGAUCUCGUCCUCAAGGAGAUUGACAAUACCUUUGCACAGCGCAAGAGGAUCUACAGUCAAAUGUCAGCAAUGGAGGGUGAAAUAAGGCGCCUGGAGAAGUCACUGAGGCAUAGCAAGGAAAUGAUUCCAAAUCAACCGCCAGUGUCGUCAUCGUAUGUGCCAAAUGCCGAUGUGGCGCAAAUGUCUGCCAAAUCCCACAGCCGCUCCCGUUCGAAUAGGAUGCGUAUGCAUGAGUGGCCAGAUGUACCGGAUGUGGGGAAGAUUGAUGAGAAGAAUCCGGAAAUUCUUGCACAGAAAAUUCUCGCUACAGGCCGAAAGAUCGAAGCAGGGAAGCUGGCAACGACGUCGUCGUCAUCAAAGGCGCCCAAGCAGAAGGAGAAGCAGAAGAAGGUGAGUGUGGACAGUGAACUAAUGCCGGCACCUGUUUAUGCGACAAAACAACCUCCCGUGAGUCAUGCUACACCACCACCACCACUACCGAAAGCAACUGCCAUUCCCACGCUCAAAAUGCACGAAAGCCCAAAAGUUGUGAACUUCGAGGAUCGCCUCAAGAGUAUCAUAACGUCCGUACUGAAUGAGGAUCAGGAGUUGCGACGUUCGCAAAUGGCACAACAGCAGCGUGAUGUGAAGGUGCCAUCAUCAUCAGCUCCACCCACCGCCACCAUUAUGCAUCAUCAGGAGCCACCGGAAAUCCCACCGCCUGUUUCUCAGCACGAACAUGUCCCAGUUGCGGAUCUCAUUCAGGAAUCUGGGAAAUUUACAGCACUCCAGGGGGCACAGAUGAAGAAGACAGCAGCUGAAUCAUUCUCCACUGCCUAUCAGGUGUAUCUGAGUCAGCAGCAGCAGCAUCAACAGCAACAUCAGCAACAACAUUCGCAGCUGCAGCAGCAUGAGGUGGCCAUGGAGAUGCAAGGACGCUUCGAUGAGCGCAUGACACCCGAAGGAUACUGCCAGCAAAUGGAUCCAUCAAAGAUGCGAAGUAAUGCAUUUUCACCGGGAAUGCGAUUACCGCCACAGCAGCACCGGGGACUUGUUUAUCCACCAUCAGCCAUGCAGCCGGACUACACGCAAGUUUCACCGGCAAAAAUUGCCCUGAGGCGACAUCUCAAUCAAGAGCGUACAGCCCAGCAAUCACCGGUUAACCUGCAUCGGGCCACAAAGACAAUUGGGGAUCUUGUGAAUGGGGAAAUUGAGAGGACACUUGAGAUUUCCAAUCAGUGCAUCAUUAAUGCUGCUGUGAAUAUGAGUGGAAUUUCGGAGCAGGAGCUAAUGAAGGAGCGACAGUCACAGCCGAAGAAGGAUUUCUCCUUUGGUGGGGGUACAUCUGGGGCCGCUGCUGGGGGGCAUCGUGAGCGUAAGCUAACCUACACUGCCGAAUCGACGCAACCUCCUGAGCCACCACCAGCAGCUGGACAUGCACCCCUUGAGGGUCUAGCGGCAUCCCUGCAGGCGCGUGUAAUUGCUUCGUUGCAGAUUAAACAGGAGACAGAACAGCACCCACAGGCACCAGCGAGGGAGCUGCAUGAGGUGCAACCGAUGGAUUUGCAGCCGAUUCAGAUAAAACAGGAGGAUGUGAAGCAAGAUUCCCCGUUGAUCUUCUACCAAGGUUCCGGUGGGAUGGUGUCCAGGAGUGUUGUAGACGUAGCACCACCCUAUAUUAAUUGUGAUCGUCAAUCGGCAUCGCUUGAUUCCACAAUUAGCCCCGAUACAAACUACGGCGUCAUGGAUGAGAAGCAAAAGGGACGAAGGCAGGAUGAUGAAUUUCUAGAUGAUGAGAGCCAUUGGCAGGAUAGGGUGCGAUGUGGAUUUGAUAAAUUGGUGGCAUUUGCAUCAAUUGAAUUGGAUAAAACACGACGAUCCAUUGAGGAGGCAUCCCUGCCAUCAAGCAAGGAUGGUUCACCGCACUAUGGGACAGAUGCAAAGACCCCACAUCAUGCUGCUAAUUUGGCCACAAUCAAAACAUCAUCAACUUCGUCACUUUCCGUGACAACCACCGAAUCCGUAGCCACAACGUGUGACAUCUCACCCAAUUUCACGGAAGAAAUGCUCCCGCAUACACCAAGCCCAAGUCUAACACCACCACCGCAGGCAACAAGAACCCCAUCGACGUCACUGCAGCAGCAGCAACAGCAGCAGCUCAAUAUUCCGCUAAAGUAUCAGCGGCAAUCACGCACGGAGAAGCACUACAAGAAGAAAUUCCGCGAAAGGAAAUGGGAAUAUGGCAUUGAGGGUGACUGCCAGGAUGACGCAGCGAGCUCAUCGAAGCUACAUAAAGCAUCGAAAUUUCGUCCAAAGGGAAAAGAUUGGCAUUGGGCUGCCGAUGGGACUCCCGGAACGGCUCCUGGAAGUCAUCCAGACACUUAAGAAUUGCAUCAUAAAAUAUAUUGAGAAGAAAGUUUAAAUAAUUCAUGUCGUGAUUGAGUUUAAAUCAAUUUUUAAUAAGAAAAAUAGUUGCGAAAUUAGUCUCUGUGGCCGUACAUUCAUUAAUCACCCUACUUAUGUGUAACACUGCCGAAAUGUAGCGAAAAACAAUAUAAUAAAAUUUUAACUUGAA